ACAACUAAGUACUUUUGCGGUGACAAAAAGGUCACGGCCAAGACGUGCUACAAGGACAGAGGCAAUGCCCGUGUGACUGGGUAUUUCAAGGGAUGGGCCUCGAACUGGCCGUGCAACGUCUUCCAUCCGGAGCAGAUGCCGCUCCCGCUAUACACACACAUCAACUUUGCUUUCGCCACCACCGACCCCAAGACGUUCAAUGUACUGCUGGCAGUGGAGUCGUACAUUGGUCUGUACAAGCGGCUGGUGGUGCUGAAGAAGAAGGACCUGAACCUGAAGAUCUUCAUCGCUAUAGGCGGCUGGGCCUUGAACGACCCGGGCCCGACGGCGACAACGUUUUCGGAUAUCUUGAUUCUCUAG